AUGGCAGACAUGCCGCUUGAGCCGAGAUAGUACGGAAUUAUAGGAGUAUAAGUUUUAGGUGUGUCUUUUGAAAUAUCGAACUAUAAUGUCCCCCGAAAUUUUGACUAAUGUAUUGAACGAAUAUUUCGACAAUGUGAAGCAACGCUCACGGGUUCUGUGUGCUAGAUUUAGGUAACGUUAGUGUGGAAACAUAUGUAAUACGGUGGACAAUUUUUUGUGUUGUUCGGUGUACCGUGUACGAUAAACAUUCUGGUUUGAUGUUAAAUUAAAAUGUGGAAUAUGAUGUGCGACGUGAUGCCCACGAUAUCUGAAGAUAGUAUCAGCCAGCGGAGUUCGCAGUUUUCGGGAGAAGAUGCAAACUUCGAACAGCUCAUGGUCUCGAUGUUGGAUGAGAGGGAUAAGUUAGUGGAGAGCUUGCGGGAGACUCAGGAGCGUCUUAACGACUCGGAAGUUCGCCUGAAAGAUGUGGAGAAGGAGCGCGACUCGCUGCAGCGCCAGAUCGCCGCUAACUUACCUCAGGAGUUUGCAACUCUUACGAAGGAGCUGAACCAGGCUCGAGAGCAGCUGCUGGAGAGAGAGGAAGAGAUCUCAGAGCUCAAAGCGGAGAGGAACAAUACCAGGUUACUAUUAGAGCACCUAGAAUGUCUCGUAUCACGGCACGAGCGGUCUCUGCGCAUGACCGUGGUGAAGCGGCAGGCAGCCGCGCAGUCCGGUGUCUCCUCCGAGGUGGAGGUGCUCAAGGCUCUCAAGAGUCUGUUCGAGCACCACAAGGCUCUCGACGAGAAGGUUCGAGAAAGACUUCGCGUUGCGUUGGAAAGGAACACGGCGUUAGAAGAAGAGCUAGCUUUAACCAAAGAGGAAUUGCAGCAGUACAAGUCGUCGAGCGCACAGGAGAGUGAGAAGCCCAAAGAGAACGGCAGCGUUGGAGGCUCGCCGGAGCAGAAUGGAGAACAGCAACAGAACAAGGAGCAAAGUAGUGUUAACGGCGAAUCGGAAAGCAACAAGAAACUCACUGAGCUUCAAAAUACGAUCGCCAAGCAGUCGGCAGAACUGAGCUCAUGGCAGCGUCGUGUGGCCGAACUCAACAACAAGGUGACGGAACUGGAGGAGAGACUCUCCAAAGGUGAAAAGGAACUCGUCAAGAAACAGGAAGAGUGCGCCAAACUGCAGCGGGACUUGAGGGAGAACGUCGCACAGAAGGAAGACCAGGAGGAGAGGAUAGCGACCCUGGAGAAACGGUACCUAAACGCGCAGCGCGAGUCCACCUCCUUACAUGACCUCAAUGAGAAGCUGGAGCAGGAGCUGCAGCACAAGCAGGCACAGCUCAAGCUGCAAGAAGAGAAGAUCGCAGCUAUAGAAGAGAAGCUGGAACUCUCGACGCAGAAGUUGGCGCAGAUGUCCUCGCUGCCGGAGAUGGAGGAGCAGCUCAAGGCCAGGAUGGAAGCUCUCAACCAGGCGCAGGAGCGUCACGGGUCUGCGGAAGACCGCAUACAGCGGCUGGAGGCGAGCGUGGAGGAGAAGAACGCAGAGCUGAUGCGUCUCAACCAGCGUCUGCGCAUGAACGAGGAGCACAACACCCGGCUCUCCGCCACCGUCGACAAGCUGCUCUCUGAGUCCAAUGAGAGGUUACAAGUACACCUGAAGGAGCGCAUGCACGCGCUGGAUGAGAAGAACGCGCUGACGCAGGAGCUGGAGAAGACGCGGAAGUACGCGGACGAGCUGGUCGCCGAAAAGCAGGACAUCCUCAAGGAGCUAGCCAAGUGGCGCAUGGAGACUGAGCAGCUGAAGCGUCAGAUGCUGCAGCAGGAGAUCGCCUUCAACAUCCAGCAGACGGACGCCCUCACGCGCUCUCUGUCACCCGGAGCCCCGCAACCACCUGUCUCCAUCUUCCAGCCGAAACUGGAGGGGUCGUGGGAGAAGCUGCAGCAGGCGCACGCGCUGGCCGCCGUGGCCGCGCAGCAGUACGACGUCUCCAGCGACGCUGAGAAUGAUGAGUCGGAAGGAGGUGUGGAGGGAGGGCAUACGGAUGCGGCGGCUCUGGCGCUGAUGCUGCAGGAGCAGCUGGACGCCAUCAACACCGAGAUCCGCCUCAUCCAAGAGGAGAAGCAGACCACUGAGGCCCGCGCUGAGGAGCUGGAGUCCAGGGUGGGCAGCUACGAGCACAUGAAUGUGGUGUCGCGGCGCGGGGACUCCCCUCCGCCUGCCGCCUCACCCUCGCGACCUCAUCACCACAAGUACCAUACGGCGCCGGCGUCCAUGUCUCCGGCGCAUCAUUACCGCGCGCCGCCCUCCUCCGAGAGCCUCCCCUCCAGCCAGUAACGUGACGUAAAUAAAUCGUUUACUAUCGCGCAGUUACAGCUGUGCGAGGAGGGUGGUGUGGGGGUGGGGGUAGGGCCGGGGGUGGGUGCUGAGGGUGGGGCGUCGCCGCUGACUGCGCGCUCGCUGCGGCUGGAGCGAGCUGCACGCGCACUGCACGCGGAGCGCGACCGCCUGCGCACACACUACCCCGCGCCUUACGACUCGACGUCGAUAAUGUCGGGAAGCCUCGCCCGGAUCCCGAUACACAGCUCCAGCCAGGAGUCGCUGUCGCUAGGGAGUGGUGGAUGGGGCGGGUCGGGGGUGGGGAGUGCAGGUGGCGGGGCGUCCCCGUCACUGCCUCGCGCCGCCGCCUCCGCAGCAUCCAUCGCUUCCAUGCACCAGCAGAAGAAGAGGGGCAUUAAAAGCUCGCUCGGCAGGUUCUUCAGCAAAAAGGACAAGGCGGGACUCACGUUGUCGCAAGGCACCAGCCCCCGUUCCCUGUCCUCCGCGUCGUCGCUGGGUCUGUCGGGGCUGGCGGACGAGGGUCUGGAGCCGACACCCCUCGCCCCGCAUCACGCGCAGCUCGCCCCCCACCAUCCGCAGCAUCCUCAGCAUCCGCAGCCGCUGCAGCAGGACUACGCGCGCUCCAAGACAAAGGAGCGCGACUACCGGCACGAGCUGCUGGGGGAGGCGAUGCGCGCGGGCACGCCGUUCGCGCUGUGGAACGGGCCGACUGUGGUGGCGUGGCUGGAGCUGUGGGUGGGCAUGCCGGCCUGGUACGUGGCCGCAUGUCGCGCCAACGUCAAGUCCGGCGCCAUCAUGUCCGCGCUCUCCGACCAGGAGAUACAGCGAGAGAUAGGUAUCAGCAACCCCCUGCACCGGCUAAAGCUGCGGCUGGCGAUCCAGGAGAUGGUGUCGCUGACGUCGCCUUCAGCGCCGCGCGGCACCGCCUGCGCAGCUCUCGCCUUCGGGGACAUGAACCAUGAGUGGAUCGGCAACGUGUGGUUGCCCUCGUUAGGUCUGCCGCAGUAUCGCACCACAUUCAUGGAGUGUCUGGUGGACGCGCGCAUGUUGGAGCACCUCACCAAGCGCGACCUGCGCACGCAGCUCAAGAUGGUCGACAGCUUCCACAGGACGUCGCUGCACUUCGGCGUGGCGUGUCUGAAGCGCGUGGGGUACUCUGUGCGCGCGCUGGAGGAGCGGAGACGCGCGGCGGAGCACUGCGUGCGUGACGUCAUGGUGUGGACCAACGAGCGGCUGCAGCGCUGGCUGCUCACAAUCAACCUCAAGGAAUUCGCGAGCAACCUGUCUGAGAGCGGCGUGCACGGUGCACUGAUCGCACUCGACGACAGCUUCGAUGCCAACAGCAUGGCGCUCGCUCUGCAGAUACCUACACAGAACACGCAGGCUCGUCAGGUGUUGGAGAUGGAGUUUGCGGCGCUGCUGGCGGCGGGCACGGAGCGUGCGGCGCGUCCACAUCCACACGCACCCGCAUCCUGACACCACGCCAUAGACUAGCCGCACUAGCGACACUAGCGACACAAACAACACUAGCGCCACUCGCAACACUAGCGCCAC